AUGAUGAUAAAGUCGGCGGUGAAGACAUCUCUCCUCUUCUUGCAGGCUCUGCACUUGGUGCACUGCAGAUCUGGGUCAUCUUCACUUUCUAGCCAUGCUGUUAAUGCACCAGUCUUUGGUAUUCGAAAAGAGGAGCCUUCCAACAGCAGACAGUCAUUCGUAUCAGCAUCAGGUCAGCAUUCCCUUGAAAACCUCCCGCAAUUGUUCCUUCGAGGAGGCGAGACUGCCAAUUUCUCUACCUGGUCCGAUCAAAUACCGCAACCUUUUCUAGAAAAAGAAUUCUCGGUCAUCAAAACCGGAGAUGGCUCAGAAGAAGACCCGGAUGGGAUUCCCAAACGAUACCUGAUUGCCCACAAGGACAAUCGUGAAAAGGCCAAGGCAGCCUUUGAACACACGUUGGAAUGGCGACGCGAAGAACAAGUUAAUACUAUUCUGCUAGAGCCACCAGCCAAUUUUGACUUGUGCCAUCAAAUCUUUCCCGUCUUUUUGCCAGGACGUGAUUCCGAAGGACAUUUGAUUUUGGUGCAACGUCCCGGUAUGGUCCGAUUGGACAUUGCCAGUGCCAAUGAUAUUUCCGUCGAUGCCGUGUUGAGGCACUACUUGUACAUUGUGGAAUAUGUGUGGAAUUUACUAGAUCCCUCUCCUAUGCCACCUGGUGGUCUCAUGACGAGUAUCAUUGAUUGUACGGGUGUCAAAAUGGACAUGGUCUACAACACUCAGUUUCGGACCUUUGGAAAAGAGUUGGUGGGCAUUAUGAGCAACCAUUAUCCAACUCGAUCCUAUAAAACGCUGAUUAUCAAUGCUCCCAAAUGGAUCAAGCUGGCCUUUAAUUUGGUCAAACCACUUAUGCGAGAAAGUACACGAAAGAAAAUUGUCAUUUUGAACAGUGGACCCGAUCAAGACAAGAUACUCAAGGAAUUGCUUGGAGGUGAAGACAGUUUGCCAUAUUAUUUGAGAUCAUCAUCAGAAUCAUCCAGUGAAGAUUCAUCUUCAAGCGAAGAAGAAGAUUUGUCAGAAAUUGAAAAGGAAUUGAGGCUAGUGGCCAGUGUUGGCUUGAAAGAGUGUGCCGUCGUGGUCGAGGAGGAGGAGGUAACAGCAGUGCCAGUGGCAACCGCAUAG